AUGGCGCGCAAAUCGCAGGAUGCUACUUCCGGUCCUCGCAAUCACCCCUCCAGUUGUCAUAAUUGCAGACGCAGAAAAAUAAAAUGCGACCUGGCCCGCCCUCAUUGCCGACAAUGUCUCCGUUCGUCAGCAUUCAAGGACUGUGAAUACAGAGAAGAUGGGCCGACAACUGCUGAAAAGCUCGAAGAACAAAUAGCCAUCCUCGAAGCACGCAUUGAACAGCUUCAAAAGCCCGAAAGGGAACGACUGGUCUUGCAAGCUCCUUACUACUCUCAGAUGGCUUGUAGCUCGUUUAUACCUAGCUCAGGUACUCUAGAGGCCACCUUGCUUUCAUCGGAAACACCGAGUAGCCCACCCACUCCUGGUUUAGACAUCUUAAUCGAUCGCUUCUUGGAAUACGGAGAGACGUUCGGCUUCUUCUUGCAUAUCCAACGAUUCCGCGAGGCCGGACGUUCUCGAAAAGGGCAGUCCCAAGCCACCAUAGAAUCUUCACCAGAUUCCUAUACCGUUCUGCCCAUCCUCCGUGCUGCUGUCAGCUUAUGGGCUCAUCAUCUACACGCAACAACUCUAAACAUUGCUCAAAGCACCCUUAACCAACGAGAAGAAGCUCGCUUGCUUGCACUUGUGACCCAGCUUCGGUCUUCGACACGGCCAUUCCCUACUUGUCCCAACGUGCUUUUGCAACACAUCCAGGUGGAGGUCCUUCUCUCCUCUUACUUCUUCCGCAAUGCGUUGUUCCUCAAAGGAGAAUACCACAUUGCAACAGCAGUUGCGCUCGUGCAAGGAGGUCGGUUUUUCUGCCAGGCAACCGAAGCCGUCCAUUCUAUCCGACAAGCAGAACGCGUCAAUGCAUUUUGGACAGUUCUUACCAUGAACAAUGUAUGGACCACGGCAGACGGUGCACCAUCGAAUUUUGCUAGCGAGACUGAUAUCGAAGUGCCUUGGCCAAUCGAUCUUAACUCCGCAAAAUGGAACGAGGUAUCUCCAAAUCGGAGUGAACCAGCUCGCAUAGCUAAUUUUUUGGCUGGAAAGUGUGGCAACGCAACUUCCGUCACUGCGUUGCGAGCCAAAGCAAGCAUUCUGUUUGAACAAGCCGCCAAUUUAUCAUCGAGAUUCCGUCCUAAUGCCGAUGGCAACUACCUCCAUGCAUUCCUCCUCGAAUUCACGAGCACCAACUCGCUCAUCGAUCAGUUUUUGUUCAGUCUUCCCCCGCAGGAUACUUUCUCUCCCCAAGACGGGCUUCUCAUUCGAUGUCUAGCGCAUGUCGCCAUCAUCGAGCUCCACAACCCGUUCAUCGGUCCUUUGGCGGUCGAAGCAUCACGAACACGGGCUUUAGAUGCGGCGAGGGCCACUGUUGACGACCUCGUUGAAUCAUCCCAGGCUUGUAGCACCGGCAUGGUGGAUCCUAUAAUUGGGACGUUAUGUAUGGCAACAUGCCAAGUGUUUUUCUCGGCCUUGACGCAUGGGAUGCUGCAGAACAUGGAGGAAGAGGUGGACGCAGUCAGCGCUGUUGAGCGUGUUCUAAAUGUCAUGCCCACCUUGGCCUCCGGAUCGAAGCUCGUUGAGUCCCAAACUCACGCUAUCAGAGAUACGUUCCAAGCCUUGUGCUGUGUUCCGCGACGGUAUACUGCCAACGCCUCAAUCGUCAUCAGUUGA